CUUGAAAAAUUCUCUACUCUCUCCCUCCGCAUCUCUAACUAAAACAUCUUUCCCGAAUCAUAUACCACGCCAUGACUACUCUUUAAAUUUCUAAUUUUUAUCGUCAAUCUCUUUCAUAUAUGAAUCUAUCUAAUUAAAGGGGAAGAAGUUGCAGAGAUGUUCUAUAAAAAAACAAUUAAAAAGAACUAUUGAAAUACAAAAAGAAACAAAACUAUUGUUUAUCCACAAACAAAGGAACAUAUGGAUAUGGAGAUGGACACAAUUACAAGUUUAUUUAAUCCAAAAAAAAAAAAAAAUAGAAUUGCAAUUAUUGAUAAAUUUCUAUCAAAUGAUUCCACAGGCGACAAAAGGGAAGAAGAAAAAAGCUCAGAUGAUUCAACUCCCAAUGGCGAUUCUGCUCUUCUUCCUUCUCAUCGUUCUUCCAGUCCAAUCCCUCCGCCCAAUCCCACUUCAACUUCCUGGCGGAUCGACCUACUUCUCCGUCGCCGACUUCGGAGCCAUUGGCGACGGCGUCCACUACGACACGGCCGCAAUCCAGUCGGCCAUCGACAGGUGCCCCUCCCCCUCCCGCUGCUACGUCACAUUCCCUCCCGGAACCUACCUGACCGCCACGAUCUGGCUGAGAUCGGGCGUGGUGCUGGACAUUCAGCCUGGCGCCACCGUGCUCGCCGGGACGAGGAUCGAGGACUAUCCGGCGGAGUCGUCGAGGUGGUACGCGGUGGUGGCGGAGAACGCGAGCGACGUCGGGAUCGGCGGCGGAGGCGCGGUGGACGGGCAGGGGCUGAAGUUUGUGGAGAAGUUCGACAAGAGGAAGAACGUGAUGGUGAGCUGGAAUCAGACGGGCGCCUGCUAUGGCGACGAGUGCCGGCCGGAUCUCGUCGGCUUCAUCGCCUCCAAGAAUGUUAGGGUUUCCAAUGUCACCUUGAAUCAGCCUGCUCACUGGUGCUUGCAUCUUGUUGGAUGUGAAAACACAAUCAUUGAAGAUGUUUCCAUUUAUGGAGACUUCGAUUCACCCAACAAUGAUGGGAUUGAUAUUGAGGACUCCAAUAAUACCUUCAUCACAAGAUGCAGAAUUGACACUGGGGAUGAUGCAAUCUGCCCCAAGACAUCUAAUGGCCCUGUCUUCAACUUAACAGCCACAAAUUGCUGGAUAAGAACUAAAUCCUCUGCCAUUAAGCUUGGCAGUGCGAGUUGGUUCAACUUCACCCACAUGCUCUUCGACAAUAUCACCAUUGUCGAUUCUCAUCGAGGUCUCGGGUUCCAGCUGCGCGAUGGAGGAAGUGCAAAUGACAUUACAUUCUCAAACAUCAACAUCACUACAAGAUACUAUGAUCCUUCAUGGUGGGGAAGAGCCGAACCAAUAUACGUCACAACUUGCCCGAGAGAUCCAGGCUCGAAAGAGGGUACAAUCUCAAACAUACAGUUCAUAAACAUCACAGCAGUGGCCGAGAACGGGGUUUUCUUAUCGGGUUCGAGAUCCGGGGUUGUGAGUAAUCUGCGAUUCAGCAACGUGAGCCUGGCGUUCAAAAGAUGGACGGAAUAUGGUGGUGGUUUGGCAGACUACAGGCCAGGAUGCCAAGGGUUUGUGAAACAUGGGAUGGCUGGGAUGACAAUGGAGCACAUUGAGGGAUUGGAGUUUGAAAAUGUUGAUAUGAAAUGGUCUGAUGAUAGAUCAUUAAAAUGGAACAAUCCUUUGGAUUUCAGACCCUCAACGGUGAAUAAUAUCUCUUUCUUUAACUUUCACUCAGGUUUAUUGACUUAUUCCACAGAAUGAGGGUUUUGUGGAUUACUUGAAUUUUGAAUCCUAAAAAGUUGUGUAUAUAUAUUUUUUCCUUCUUUCUUUGUGAAGACUUGAUUAUUUUGCAAUAAAAGUUUCAAUUUUCAUCUGUU